ACAAAAUAUCUUUCAGAAGUAUGGGAUUAUAUUAUUGUUGAAACUUUUAAAAAAAAUAACUCUUAGUGGGUAGUUGCAAAAUGCUUGGUUUUAAAACCACUACGGUAAUGUUCUGAUUCUUUCGACUUUUACUCACUCCUCCGGUAGUAAACAAAUAUGGCUGCUAAAAGAUUCGUUGAGCUACUUUUACCUCCUAAGUAUUUUAAAUUUUGCCGAAAUGAGCUGAGUACAGGCAUUUCCCUUCAUAACCAACAUGCUAGCUACUUUCCUGCAAAAACGACACCAUUUCUCCCCCCUGGAACUUUUGACAACAAAAUAGCUUUCAUCACUGGAGGUGCCACAGGACUGGGUAAGGGCCUGGCCUCACAUUUGUCCCAGUUGGGAGCUAAAGUCAUUAUAGCCAGCAGAAGUUUAGAAAGAUUGAAACUUACAUCAGAAGAAAUUUCAAAGGCCACUGGAAAUGAGGUGGUUGAGUACCAGCUUGAUGUGAGGAACCCUGACGAGAUAAAGACAGUGUUUGACACGAUCGAGUCGACUCAUGGGCUGCCAGACAUUAUUGUCAACAACGCGGCCGGGAAUUUUAUUGCACCCACAGAGCGCUUGUCUCCAAAAGCUUUCACCACUGUCAUCAAUAUUGUCCUGAAUGGAACAGCUUAUGUUACCUUAGAUGUAGGCAAGAGGCUGAUCAAGGCCAAGAAAGGUGCAGUGUUCCUGGCCGUGUCAGCCGACUACGCUGAGACCGGCUCAGGGUUUGUGGUGCACAGCGCAUGCGCUAAGGCAGGGGUUGAAGCCCUGACAAAAUCUCUGGCUGCCGAGUGGGCGCGCUAUGGUCUGAGGUUCAAUGCCAUCUCCCCCGGACCUGUCAAGACCAAGGGUGCAUUCAGUCGACUGGACCCAUCCGGUCAGUUUAUGGACAAGUUGUUGGACAGGAUACCAGCUGGUAGAAUAGGGGAGGUCGGGGAGUUUGCCAACCUGGCAACAUAUUUACUCAGUGAUUACGCCUCUUGGAUUAAUGGCCAGGUGAUUCAUCUUAAUGGUGGAGAGUACCCAGGUGGUGUGGGGGCGUUCAAUGGACUUAAAGAAAUCACAAAUGACCAGUGGGACGUCUUGGAGGGGCUAAUCAAGUCCACUAAAGGAUCUUAGCUGUUUGUUUUAUAUUCUUUAACAUUUUGUUUCAUUGGUUUCAUGGAAACCUUCCUGUUACUGUCAUUUAUAUACAUCUGUUAUUUAUUCAAAUAUAAU